AUGUCCAACGUCAGCCCUAGCCGCGAGCUCGAACGAUGGCGAGACGAUGGCGGCGGAGGGCGCGGGGCGGGCACUUCAGCGAACCUCCCCCCGGUAGCCUCCCAAGGUUCAGCUACCGCCGCCGCCGCAGGAGGCCUUCUGAGCCCGCGCUCCUUUGGCGGAGAAGACACCAGCACCAAGGGGGGCAGGGGGGCUGAAAGCGUCGGCUACAGCGACCCUUACAGCGGCGGCGGCGGCAGCAGCACCUACGGCGACGGCAACAACGGCUCCCUGUCGGGGGCGCCGCCGCGGACGGCGUUCCUCAGCCGGGACGAGGUCUCGGAGGACUCCCGGCUGCUGCAGCAGAUCCUGAGGGAGAGCGAGGAGGAGAUAGCGGCAUCGGUAGCGGACCGCGCCAACGGGUUCGGCGCCGGGGGCGGCGGUAGCGGUGGUGGUGGUGGCGCCAUGACCAGACUCGUCUCAUCGGUCGGGGGAGCGGGGAGCGACCUAUACGGAGCCGCGGACGACAACCUGCAAAGCCUGGACGUGGACAAGAUCAUCGAGUCCAUGGAGCUGGAGGCCGGCGAGGACGACGACGUCACGGGCAGGGCGGGCGGCGGAGGGAGCGGCAUGACCCCCUGGCGAGCCUCGGCGGCGGGGGUGGGGGUUUCGACGACGGCGACGGCUUGGUCGGGUCGUCGACGGUCUUCCACCGCCGACGGUAGCGCUGGAGGUGGCGACGGCGACGGUGGUGCCGCGGCCUCAGGCCGGCGAAGCAAUCACGGGCGGUCCUCUUCUGCUACAGGGACAACGCUCCCGGGGGGCGGGGGCGCAAAUGACGCCAACGAGUCCGGCUCUACUCGCGGCUCCGCCACGGCAGCGAAGGGACAGAACGGCGGGCCGGUGCCAAGAGCGAGGGAGAAAGCCUCUCCAGGAGGCUCUCGCGCCUCCCGCGGUAGUUUGUUGUCCGGUGUUGCGGGGGACGCGAAGGAGGCGGCAGAACUGAGGCUACUGCGCGGCGGCAACCGGGAGAUGAUUAGCCCGCUCCAGGUCAAGCGGCGGAUGCGCGCUCCUCCGCCGCCACCGCCUCCGGGACAGCCUUCCGCCGGGUUUCCAGGCAUCGGCGGAGGCGGUGUGGGCGGGGGCGUAGGGGUGGUGAGGAUGGAGAACCUGGAUGCGGCCUCCCGGCAGCUGGCGAGGAAUGCGGCGUACGGGAAGCACGGGCCGGGGGUCUGCACGGCGACGGCGGCGCACUCCAAGUUUAUCGCCGUCGGGACGUCGAGAGGGCUGAUUCUGCUCUUCGACCACUUUCAGGUGGGAGGAGGAGGCGGAAGAGGAGGAGUAGAGAUCCGCCACGUGUUGGGAAGCGCGGCAGGGGGGGGUGCCGACGGGGCCCCCGCCGACGAUCCCGUUACGUCACUGGACAUGUUUGUCGGGAGUGACUACCUCGUAGCUGGCCAUGGGAGCGGCAGAGUGCUGCUGUGGGAUUACCUCAGGGGAGUCGUCCUGAAGGCGGUGGUGGAUGUUCACUCCUCGGCCGUAGUGUCUGUCAGGUGCUUCGUGCAGGGUGGAAGUGGGGGCGGCGGGGGCAGGGGCGGGGGGCUCGGCGGCGGGGGAGGGUUGGCGGGCAGCUCCGACCCCGCGGCUAUCACGGCGGACGUGGAGGGGGUGGUGAGCAAGAUGUGCUUUCGGAGAGUGAUGUGGACGAAAUGGGUCGUCGACACGGAGUGCUUGUUGGAUGGAGCCGCUGGGCCGAUUCCCGCGCUGUGCGUCUUGCCAACCUGGACCGACUCCGCGUCACCAUCACCAUCCUUGUCCUCGUUUGGGGGGGGAGGCGGUCGCAGGGGAGUGGCUGUCGGGGGUCCGGGCCCGGGUUUCUACGACCUUGGCAUGAUGGCCAUGAGCUCGUGGAAGAACACGUUCAUUGUUGGCAUUCACCCCGAGGUGAAGGUGAUCCACAAGUGGCCGCGCCCACCCUUGUUUUCGGGGGGCGGCGGCGGCGGCGGCGGCGGCGGCCCCGUAACCGCUGCUGCUGCUGCUGCGGCGGCGGCGGCGGGUCACCUCCCCCCGCCGUGCCUAUCCUGGGGACCCUCCCAGCCUUCGGCGGCCCGCGCGCAGGCGCCGCCGAUGGCGCUGUUGGCGAGGGGGUGGGGCAACUCCAUCCAGAUUCUUGCGGCGACGCGCGUGGACGCGGGGGGGAGGGGGGGGGCAGGGGCGGGGGCCGGGAGAGGGGGAGCGAGGUGGCCCGGACUUGCGGUGGUGAAGGAGCUGAGCGCGAGCGCGCCGGUUGUGGCUGUGGAGUGGCUUCGAGAACAGGUUCUGGCCUACCUGGACACCGACAUGGAGCUGUGCGUGCUAGACACGCGCGCGGGCACCGAGCUCGAGCACGCCAGCCUCUCCACCCUCUCGGUCUCCAUCUCGCCUAUCCUUCCACCCCCCCCCUCUUCCUGCUCCCAGCCGCCGCCGCCGCCGCCGCCGCCGCCGCCAUCCACCAGCGGCGGCACCCAAGCAGCAGGUACUCGCAGCGGCCCCGCCGAAUCAACCUUGCCGCCGCCGCCCCCCCUCCCCCCGGGCACGUACCACAACGCCUUCCGCGCGUGCGAGGGCCGGCUUUACCUCCUCGGCAGGCAGGAGCUGCGGGCGGUGAGGGUGCAGGGCUGGUCGCAGAGGGUAGAAUCGCUCGUGCAGGCCGGUGAGUGGCUGGAGGCCCUCGCCGUGGCGCUUGACCACUUUGAGCAGAAGAUCCUCCCGGCGGAAAACGCCGCCGCCGCCGCCGCCGCCGCGGCAACGCAGGGAGAGGGAGGGGGGGAGGGGUCCGGCGCUUCCGCCCACCGCGCGGACGGGGCUACGGGGGGCCCGUUGCAUCGCAGCGGCAGCAGCAGAGAUAUCAGGGGGGUUGCGGGACGGAUGGCAGCGAACUUUGGGGGGGAGAUGUUGAAGAGCAGCAGCAGCCACGGGGGUGGGCUGUGGCCAGGGGCGGCGGGUGGUGGAGCUCAGCAGCGAAGGCCGACCCCGAGGUCAGAGGCGGCGGAACACAUUAGCGACCUCCUGGCACAGUACCUUCGACUGGCAAUGAACAACGCCCCCGGCGCGGACUCGUCGUCCCUGCAUUCGACGGCGGCGGCCGCGGGCAAGGGAGGGGGCGGUGGGGGGGCGGGGUCCCCCGGCGGGCCGCGGAUAAACUUGGCGCACAGCCACUUCCAGAUGCUCGCCGGGGUGUGCGCGGAGUUUUGCGCCGUGACCGGGAGGCUGGACAUGUUGUUCGGACAGAUCUUUCAAGCGUUUCGCGCGCGCGGUCAGCAGGGCGUCUUCUUAGACACGCUCGAGCCGUACGUACUCAUGGGCAAGCUCAAGACACUGUCGCCAGAGGUCAUUAGCGCGUUCAUCGACAGGUGUCAGAGUGCCGGCGACAUGAUCGCCGCGGAGCGGCUCGUGCUGCGGCUGGAGCCCCGAUCCCUGGAGCUGGAGACCACCCUCCCUCUCCUCCGGGGGCACCGUCUUUACUCCGCCCUCCUGGCGGUGGGGGCGUUGACGGGCGACCACGUGUCUUCCGCGGAGGAGGUGCUGCGAGAAGCAAUGUCUAUCGCCGAGCGAGAUAGGCUCCGCGCUCCCAAUCCCCCGCCUUGUGGUGACGGCGGCCAGGGAGGAGAGGGAUACCGGCAGCAGCAGCUGCUGCACCCGUAUCCGGCGGACCCUACCUUCGACGAGCUCGGGUACAAGGUGCUCCUGUAUCUCAAGCGCUGCUUCCGCGGGCGCGUGCUGGGCGCGGCGGAACCCCUCUCGGCGGUGGAUACGGCUAAGGCGCGGGCAAGUCUUCUCCAUCUCCUCGUGCGACCAGCCCUCAUGCAGUCGUCGUCGUCAUCCCUUGGUGCCUCCGGAGUUGCUGCUGCUGAUGCUGCAACAGGUGGGCGGCGAAUGGGAGGCAGCAGUAAGCCUUGGGGAGGCGACCGGCGGUGGCAAGAGGCGCCCUUCCCGCACCUCGCGGUGCUCCUCUACGUGGACGCCGGCGCGACGAUCGACGUCCUCUCGGUCGCAAUGGACUCCCCGGACGCCACCUUCCGCCGAGAAGUACCCGCCGCCGCCGCCGCCGCCGCUGCGACAGCAACAGCCGCGGGGGCGGCUUCCCUGUCGGGGGAUGGGAGCGGUCUUGCCGUCGCGGUGCCGCCGACACUUCACCGGGAAUUCUCGUCGUCGUCGUCGUCGCUCGGGAGGAGGGGCCGCGCCGCGAGGGCGGUGGGGUGGGCGACCGGAGCGCCGGUCUCGGCGGGGGGGCCGGAGACUAGGACCAAGGUGGUGGAGGGGGAGGAGGUGGACGGCGUUUGGGGAGGGACGGCGGCGGCGGUGGAGGCGGAGAACCUGUGCCCGUCGCGGAGAAGCGUCGUCGAGGCGGUAACGUCGGUGCUAGCGCCGCACCUCUCGGACCAGGCGGAGCAACUCGAAGCGGCAAGCAGUAGCAGUGGCGCGCCCUCCUCGGGAGGUCCAAGUGCGGACAACGGCGGUGGUCUGUCUGCGGCGGCGUUCGUGCACGGCGCCCAGCCGCCGUUGAAAGCGACGGCGGCGAAGAAAGACGAGGAGGGCUACGGCGACGAUGGCUUGACGGCGGAGGCGGCCGCGCAGCAGUCCUCUCUCCUGCGUGACCGGGACGGGCAGGAGUGGUGGGCGGCCGCCCGUCCACACCUGUUCGGCUUCGUGGCCAAGUACCUGGAGCUGUCCCUUGUCUCGGUCGGGCCGAGGCUGACGAACGCGGUGCUGGUCAGCGUGGCGACGGGCAGCGGCGGCGGCGGCGGCGGCGGGCAUGAAGGGCCGGAUCCGGCGGUCGAUGCGCAGGCCAGGUUGGUAACCUUGCUGGAGAGGGUCCCGUUGUCGCUGGUGGACAGGGAUAGGCUGCUGCCGCUUGCCGAGAAGAGCGGGUUCUUCCGAGCCGCCGUGAUCCUGCUCAAAGCUGCGGUGACGCUGGGGGAGCAAAGAGGCUUCACCCUGGAGCAGUUCGCGAGGAUAGUUCGGUGUUACUUGCAAGACUCCGAAGACGCCUUCAGGUCGCAGGUGUUCGGGUUCAUCCGCCAGGAGAUCGCGCACGCGGCUACGGCGGCGGCACCGUCCUCCGGCAACGCCAGCAGCAAGCCGCGACAGGCUAAGCACGGCGACAGGUCCCCUCCCGGAACACAUGGGGGCGGCGAGGAGGGGAAUAAGGAGCUGCUGUCGGAGAAGAGAGACGUGGUGCUGGAGAAGCUGCCGCAGCUCAUGGAGCUGGACAAGGCGGAGGCGGUUUUCACCGUCGGGGAGGCGUUCGGAGGGGACCACAAGGCCGCCCUCGCGGCCCUCUCCGCGACAACCACCCUACAGUUCGACUACCUCGACGCCCUGCUCCGGCCACCCUCCGAGCAGCAGCAAGGGGUCUCGUCGUCGCCAUCGCCGCCGGGGUCCGGCGGUCCAGACAUCGCCCGCGGUCGGAGCGGUUGGGGCGGGGGGCAACAGGGUGUCCGACACCACCACCGUGACGACCGUGUGGAUGUUGGCGGUGUCAGAGGUCCCGGGUCGCGCCCGUCUUCGGGGCUCGCGGCCGGGCUGGACGACGGGGACAGGUCGCUCCACGUGCGGCUGCUCGUCAGGUUCCGACCGUACGAGGUGUACCCCUUCCUGUCCAGCAGCACAGGGUACAGCCUCGACGACACGCUGGCCCUGUGCCAAGAGCGCGGCGUGGCCGACGCGACCGCCUACCUCCUGGAGCGGAAGGGAGACGUCCCGGGGGCGCUCGCCCUCGCCCUGCGCACGCUCCAAAACCUCGGCCGCGCCGCCGGGAGGGGGGGGGGGGGGNUGGCCCUGUGCCAAGAGCGCGGCGUGGCCGACGCGACCGCCUACCUCCUGGAGCGGAAGGGAGACGUCCCGGGGGCGCUCGCCCUCGCCCUGCGCACGCUGUCCGCGCGGCUGGCCUCCCUCCGCACGGCUCUCCAGAAAGCGAGCUUGAGGGAGCUGGCGGCGGAAAUGGCGCUCGUCUCGUCGUCGUCUACGACAGCCAAAACCUCGGCCGCGCCGCCGGGAGGGGGGAGGGGGGGAGGGGGGGCGCCGCAGGCGGCGGGGGGGGGAUCUGCGUCGCCCCUAUCGUCUUCGGCCUCGCUGUCGUCGACACGGUUUGGUGACGGAGGAGGAGGAGGAGGAGGAGGAGGUGGAACGGUCGGGGGCACCGGCGGGGGGGGGGGGGGUGGGGCCAAGGGGCCGAGGGCCGGGACGGCGGCGUGGGCGAGAUGGGCCAGCAAGGUCGCGUUGGAAGGCUUGCAAGAGGGUCGAGAAGCCACUCGCAGCCUGAUGGUGGCCAUCGAGAUGUGCCAACGAGCUUCCCCAAGCUCCUCGGGGGGAUCGGUUGGAUCGAUGUCGGCUCGGCGGGCAAGCGGAGCAAGACAUCGUUCGACAGCGGGGGGUUCUGCUGGGGGCGAGGCCCGAGGAGGAGGAGGAGGGCGAUCACCCCUUGCCGAUGACUUCGACGACGACGGCGAGCUGGACCUGAGCGCGAGCCUGUGGUUUCAGACUCUCGACAAGAUCCUCAGCGCGAAAGGAGCCGCUUGCCGAAGCGGCCCUCCGUCUUCCUCAGCCUCGACGCCCCCCCCACGGGGAGGGGCGGCGGCGGCGGCGGCGGCGGUGGCGGAUCCGGCAGCGAGUGUCCCCGGCGCUGCUGCUGCUGCUGUUGCUCCCGGGCGGGGGCGCGAGGCGGCAGGAGAGCUCCCGCAGACGGCGGCUGUGAUGGGGGGUGUGCUGGAUGCUCUGCUGCAGCGGACCCUGAGUAGCAUGGCCGGUUACGUGCCUCUGCCGGCAAUCGUUAAGAAGGUUGUGAGCGACCACGCCGGCAGCAGCCUGGGAGAGUUCCGGCACGUGAUCCUGGCGAUGCUGGACACCUACUCGUACGACACAGCGAUUCACAGGACCGCUGCGUCCCUGCUCUUCGAGAGCUUGCGCACGGUUGUGCGUGAGCGGCACACCCUCAAGGGCGCCGGCGUCCGAGUGUCCGCCGUGGGGGGCUUCGACCUCCACCCCCCGCGCAUCGCCGCCGCCACCGCCGCCGCUAGUGCGGCUGGUUCUCCUCCCGAACAACGAGGAGGCGUGUUCAGCGUGGGUGGCGGGGGCGGGGGACGGUCGUUGGCGCCGCACCACCCCCCGGUGCCGUCUGGGCUUCUCGGUGCUCUCGGAUCCGGAGUUAUACGCGUCUCCUCUGCAGGCGUCGCCGUGGUGGAGCACUUGGGACGGGGCGGCGGCGGCGGCGGGGACGCAGGUAGCCGCAACGACGAAGGGGAUGGUGACGGUGACGGUGACGGUGAUGAUGGCGGUAGUAGCGGCGCCGGGGCGCGGAGAGCGGCGUCGCCGGCGGCGGCGGCGGCGGCGGCGGCGGCGGCGGCGGCGAUGCCCCAGCAAGACGCGUCGGCCUCGCUGUGGAGGCUUAGGGCCGCGAGGCGACGCCGGCAGGCCAGGGGGGACAAGAUGCGCUCCCUCGCCAGGUGGUCUGCUGGUGAGGACACCGGUCCUAUUCGCGGCGACGGGGGUGAAAGAGCCCGGGGGACAAUAGGCCACAUCCCUGUGAUGACCCGAGGCGGUAGCAAGGUGUCGGGCCGAAGUGGUGGCGGUGGCGGCGGCGGCGCCUUGGGGCGCGACGAAAACGGGCGCGUGCACCAGCGGGGGGGACAGGGGGCGGCGGCAGCGGCAGCAGCCGGCGGUGCGGCAGCGAGCCAGUACCGAAGAGAGGCGGCGGCGGCGGGGGAGGAGGAGCAGUCGCGGGGACGCCAGCCGUUGGGGUGGGGGUCCGCGCUGCAGGCGCGAGCAGCCCUUGCCUUGCCCGCGAGCUUCUUGACGAAGAGGACUUGAUGGUGGACCUUGCUCGGGCGUGAGUUUUCUUGCGAGCCCUUCGGAAGAAGCGCCGGUUGAGUGGUGCCGUUUGGUUGGCCGCUGCGGUGCCAGCAAAUAAGCGUGCGACACAGACAGCAGCAGCUUAUCCAGCCGUUUUGUGCUCUCCUUGGACAGGGCCGUUUCGUGCCUCUUGAGUAGCACUGCCGGUGAAUUGGCCUGUAGCCCAUGCCGGCACCGUCGAGCGCCAUCGACUGCUGCUGUACCCUUGAUCGAGGUGGUCUCGGCGCUUCGAACUCUCGGGCACUGUGCUGGCGUAUUUGCUGUCAAUCGUGACGUCGGGCAUCUGCUCAAGCGCUGCUAUGACUCGUUGCUCGUCGCGACUGCUGUUCUCUCCCUCACUCACUAUUUUCUGGUGUGACCCAUGUUUUUCUUGUAUGGGGUAGAAGAAUCGCCGCGUAUGUUGGGUGUUUGCUGUACGUCCAGGUUGAUGCUGCAAGUUGUGUUUGUUGCCAGGAGGACAUGCCAGGAAAUUUGGGGUUGGCUGGCGGUAGUUGGGAAGAUCCCCCGAUUGACGGUGAUGGGAAAGAAUGGAACGUUCCAAAGUUUCAAAGCGAAGUCUGCCUUCAAGACGGCGUGCAGCGUGGUGUACUCUGCCACACACAGGUGACACGCUAAGUUCGCCACCCCGUUCGGGCGGGCGUCGGGUUUGUUGCGGUUUUCGAGUUUACAGGAAGACAAAACCUGACAAGCAGUUUGUGUGUCAACUCGCCCCAAACUUAUAAUCGCUUGUCAGGGGGAACCUUUCGCAUUUCAAUUUAGUGCUUGCCUUUGACUUGAAGACGUGAAACAACUUUGCUUUCGCCCCAAGAGGGUAUUGGGCGUGGGGUGGCGGACAACGGGCAGUGCUUUCUUGUGAGACACGUACCGUAAGGAUGCGAGAGAUUCAAGGGGAUGCGAACGAUUUUCAAAUGUUUCGUUCUUGGCUUUUACCGCACGGGGGUGUGAUGUCACCGGU